AUGGAAUACCCUCCUCAGUACCAGCAACACACCCAACACCCUCAUAUGCAGGGAGGUUACCAAACCUCGCCUCAGAGUGCCGGACCCGGCUCCCUUCAGUCUCCCUCCGGCCCUCAAUCGCAUAUGCAAUCACACAACCCCAAUCAAGCCUCUCCCAUCCUCCCUUCUCAGACCCAGAAUCAUUACCAGCCUCAGUCGGCUGGCGGUGUUCAUCAAUCCAUUGCUUAUCCGCAAUAUGGUGUUGGUACAGGUAUGACACAAGGAUAUGGCAUAUCGCCGACUCAGGCCGCGGCCAUGGCUACUGCGGCGGCAUCAGGACAAAUGCCGCCCCUACCGUCCACUGUGAGCAUGCCUCAAGCAGGACAAUUGAAUCAACAGAGACGCAUGAGCCAACAUAUCACGAGUCCUCACGGCCAAGUCUCUCAGCCUGUCCUGAACCAUAACAUGCCUCGACAGUCUGUUCCCCCUACAAUGCCUCCUCCCCAGCAACCUGUACAACCACCACAGGAGGAGAUUGUGGCGGGAAGUGCAGAGGAAUCUCCGCUGUAUGUCAACGCGAAGCAAUUCCACCGCAUUCUGAAGCGCCGCGUGGCUCGACAGAAGCUUGAAGAGCAGCUGAGGCUCACCUCCAAGGGCCGAAAGCCAUACCUUCACGAGUCGAGACACAAUCACGCCAUGCGACGACCUCGUGGUCCCGGAGGUCGGUUCUUGACUGCCGAUGAGGUUGCGGCAUUGGAGAAGAAUCAAGGCGAGGGCACCGAGAAUGGGACGCCCGCGACCAAAAAAGCCGAUAACGUGUCUUCGGGCACCAAGAGAAAGGCUGGCCCUGCCGACAACGAAACCCCCGUCAAGAGAUCCAAGCUCGCCAGUGAAAGUGCCGAAGAAGAGGAUGACGAUGAUGGUGAGGAGGAUACGGGCUGA